AUGGCAAAGACAAAAUCUAGAAUUCAGCCCUUCUUAGAGGCUGUUCGUAACGCUAGACAACUCAUCUUCACCGUCAUCGUGAUUGCCAUUUUCGCCAUUGCGUGGUUGGUUCAGGGUGGUACGAUUGACAUGCCAGAAUGGACCAAAGACAUGCGGCAUCUCGAUGGGGACGACUGGACGAAAUAUGCCGUGAUAAUCAUCGUCGCUAUGUACAUCAACAUUGAGAUCACGCUCGCCGGCGCUGAUACUAGCUUUGGCAAGACCAUUGCUACUGCUCAAGGUGCUACCUACUCGGGCCUUACCAGCACCAACGGUGGCAAGGUCCGGAAGAUUAGUCAAAUCUGGGUUCCUAGAACGGUUUGA